GCGACAUAGUCUGGGAACGUGGGAAUGCGUGUGACUAAGCUGAGGGAGGUACUGUACAGUUACUUCGAGUUUUGAACUUUAAUCUUUAGCCACCUCAGGGAACAGCGACCAACCUCCUUACCUUCGCCAUGGCCCCCAAGCUCGACCCCAAUGAAAUCAAAAUCAUCUACCUCCGGGCAACAGGGGGUGAAGUUGGUGCAUCGUCAGCACUUGCCCCAAAAAUCGGUCCUCUCGGUCUGUCACCCAAAAAGGUCGGAGAAGAUAUUGCCAAAGCUACCUCUGCAUGGAAGGGUCUACGCGUGACUGUCCAGCUUACCAUCCAGAAUCGGCAAGCAGCAGUCUCCGUUGUUCCUUCCGCUUCCUCCCUCGUCAUCCGGGCGCUCAAGGAGCCUCCCCGUGACCGGAAGAAGGAGAAGAACAUCAAGCACUCGGGCAAUGUUACUCUCGACGAGAUUUUCGAAAUCGCCCGAACGAUGAGAUCCAAGUCACUAGCAAAGGACUUGGCUGGCGGCGCGAAGGAGAUUCUCGGCACGGCCCAGAGUAUUGGCUGCACAGUAGAUGGCCAGCCCCCACACGAUGUCAUCGAUGGCAUCAACUCCGGGGAGAUUGAGGUGCCAGAUGAGUAA